AUGGCAAUCGCAUCCUCAACACCCACCACCCAACCAUACCCGCCCGUGGCCUUCAUCGGCCUCGGCGCCAUGGGUUUCGCCAUGUCCACGCACCUCGUGAGGACCGGCUUCCCCGUGACGGGCUACGACAUCUACGGCCCCACCUUGGACCGCUGGCGCGCGACAUGCAAGGAGAUUGCGAGUGCGAGCACCAGUACCGGCACGACGUACGCGACCGCGACCUCCCCGGCCGAAGCGGUCCGCCACGCCAGUGUGGUCUGUUUGAUGGUCGCGAACCACCACCACGUGCACUCUGCGCUGUUCGACACGCAGGGCGGCGCCGCAGCGGUACACGCCCUCCCGCGCGACGUGACGGUGAUCAUCCACGCGACGAUCCCGCCGACGCAGCCCUCGAGCGUGCGCGACCGGUUAACGCGGGAAUUCGGCCGCCCGGACGUGAAACUGAUCGACGCGCCCGUGUCGGGCGGCGUGGCCCGCUCCAUCAACGGCACCUUGACCAUCAUGGUGUCCUCGGACGACGUGGACAACCUGCAGGACCCAAACGCCAAGGUCGUGCUCGAGAACGUGGCCUCCGAGGGCAAGACGCUGUUCCCGAUCCCCGGCGGCUUGGGGGCCGGGCAGUCCGCCAAAGCGCUGAACCAGGUGCAGUGCGGGAUCCACAUCCCCGCGGCGUCGGAGAUCAUGGGCCUCGCGGCCAUCAACGGGCUGGACACGCAGAAAUUCUACGACGCGCUGACGGCGCGAGAGACGGCCGGCGGGAAUCCGCCUGUGGGCUGGAGCUGGAUGUUCGAGAACCGCGGGCCGCGCAUGCUGAGCGCCACGCCGCCGCUCGCGUCGGCGACGCUGAUCAUCAACAAGGACGUGGGCAUCAUCCGCGACGAGGAGGUCCGCCUCAACGUCGAGUUACCCUUGCUCAACACGGCCAGCGACGUCAUCACGGAGGUCAUGAAGACCCACGCCGCCGCCGACGACAGCUGCAUCGUGCAGUCGUACCUGGGGUUCGGGUCCGAGAGGGAAGGUCUCGUGGUCAAGCAGGCUGGGGCCGGCAAGUCUAGCGCCGAGGCCACCAACCAGGAUAAUGGCGGGCAGGCCAGCGACCGUAUGACGCGGGACAUCGCCACCGCGCACGCGCUCAUCCACCUCGUCGCGGCUCGCGAAACCACCAAGUUCGCCCAGGCGCUCGAUCUCAUGCGUCCCGAGCAGAAGAGGCAGUGGUUCAGCAUCAUCGCGGGUGCCGCGGGUGGGAGCACCGUCUUCUCCGAGGUGAUUCCGCGGGCGUUUGAGGAUGCCGAGGGCGUCGAGGCCGGGUUCCAAAAGUACGCGCAGGAAAAGUUCCCGGGUGCGCUGGAGAUGGCGACGGGGUUGCUUGCGAAUGCCAAGAAGCAAGGAUACAUGCCCGUGUUGUUGGAGGCGGCGGUUGUGAAUUUGAAGAAGCUGCUUACUUGA